UCGGCGUCCAGAUUUGCAGGCGGUGGAAACGCGACCGCUCCUCAUUCAGACUCGGUAAGAGCGCGAAGUUUUUCGCUUGGGAGGUUUGUGGCGUUUUUUCGCUGCCAGUUUCACCCCACUUCAUGAGAAAUGGCCUUUGAAUGAAAUUGCCGGGUCAAAUGAAGAUGACCAUUCUACACUCGUGCUGCUGUUGGAAUUCGGUUCGAAAAGGCAGCCUGGCUUGUGGGGUUUACACGGGGAUUUACUAUACACUGAACGCAGCCCAAUCGUCCUUUCUUCUUCAUGAAGAAGUCAGCUUUUUGAAGAACGCGUCCAAUCAGUCGCUGAUCGAUCACGACAUUACCAGCGAGACGUCCGCCGUAUUUUCGGCGCUAAUUUUCGCCUUUUCCUCCUGCGGCAUAAUCACGACGCUUCUGCUGUUCAUUGGGAUUAUCAAAGACAUAAAAUUCCUGCUGAUUCCCUGGAUCUUCAACAUGGCCUUUUUCACCAUCGUCGACGUUAUCUACAUCAUAUACGGCCUCAUCGUGCAUGCGCUGCAGUGGAACCCUUCGGUGGCCAUCCUAGUGACCACUGACUUUUUUCUCAACACCCUGAACCUGUAUUCGCUCCUUUGCGUGAUAUCCCAGUAUCAGGAGUACAGAGAGGGAAGAGGCCGCGCGAUAGACGACGAAAUCAUGAGAGUUCCAAACAUCCAGUACAGCACAACGCAGCCGACAGCCACCAGCUACUUGAGCUCACACAACCGAAAGCCGCUCAUGUACUUGGAAAAGGCGACGCCCACACAUUCGCCCACCAGUUUCGGGCCGAACAUUCUGGACGGGCCCCCUUCGCUAGGCAAUAGGGGGCCCAGAAAAUCCGUCAAGUUUGGAGACAGUUCGGAAAUGAGUAUGGUGGCCCCGCCGGCUUGGAGUGAGAGCAAGCUGAGCCCCACUAAGGGGGCCGACACGGCCCCCCUUAUCGACUCAGGCCCGGAUGGGGGCGGAACGGUGAACGUAUGAGACCCGGUGCUGGAGACGGCUUUGUGAUAUGACCAGUUCGAGUGGUGAUAUUUUACAUUAUUCUCGUGUCAAUAUUUGUAUAAAAACUGCAAUCUGGCGAUUUGCUCUUAGCCAGUUUACGAAGCUCGAGGUGAACCAGCUGUUGAAUGUUUGAUGUUUGUAAAAUGUUGUAGUCAUUCGAGCUUUUUUAACUAACCUGAGCCCGCGGUGCUUAAAAGCAAUUCGCCCCCUUAUUUUAUAGCGAUUUUUGAACAAUGUACAUUACUGUUAAUAGUCUAUGUUACCCGUAAGCACCUCAACAAAAAAAGAACGCCAAACUGUGUACAAACAACGAUUUUUUCUACCUUCUGUACUUAAACUUUUGGAGAAAUAAAUGUGAUACCCCGAAA